AUGACCAACAAGAGAACAAGAAGUACCAAUCCAGAAUCAAACAACAACGAAGAGCAAGAAGCCCAAUUACUUGAAAAUGAAACUCUAUCUAAAAAGAUUAAACGAGAUGAAGGAUAUGUAAUUAUCAUGUUGGAUAUUGUGCUAUUUGAUGAGAAGAUUGAAAGAAUCUAUUCAAAUCUCACAAAACGGGCUGUUGCUAAUUCAAACUACAAAUAUUUAUCCUUAAAUUUACUUUGUAACGGAGAAGGAAUCUACGGUGAUAAGGAAUGGAAUUUAAUUCCAAAGGAUUACCUUUCCGAUGAAUAUUUUGUGAGAAAAUUGAUUUCGUGUGGUUAUGGAUUUCUUUGUAUAUUUAAAUAUUUACCAGAAAGUGUUUGGAAGAAUGAAAAAUUCAUUAUAGAUAUGAUACAGCUUACCAAUGAUGAUUGUUUUGAAAAAUUCCCUGUCAAGAAGAGAAAUAUUAAAACCUUUGCUGAAAAAGCAAUCCUCAUGAAAAGUUAA